AUGGAUAUUGAUACACCAUUACAUGAACAGUUGUUCAAAGGAUUGAUACAUAACAGAUUAUUGUUCAUACAGUUGUUUAAACAGGUCAGAGAUAUACAUCAAAGAAACAAUGUUGUACAUAAAGUUGAUGAUAAGACAAAGAUAUUAAGAUGGCAACAAUUGGUGGACUACUGGCUAGAUGCCUUCAGAUCACCUUUUAUAGAGAGUGAUCAACUUAAGGUCAAGUUCUACAUCUGUCCAGGAGAGCAACCAAGCUCCCAUGAAGUUGACUUGAAGCUUACAACAUCAUCAUUCGAGGCAUUCAAAGGCCACGACUAUAUCAUCCAGCAUCUACGUAGACAACAGCCAAACAUCCUUGCUAGGACUACUGGGAUAUUCGAUAUGAUGGCCUCCAUUGGCAGGAUGGACUUGGUUCAAAUACUUCACAAAGCAGGUGCAUCUGCCACCACCAAUGCCAUGGACUACGCUUCAACACUUGAGAUUGUUCAAUUCCUUCACGUCAAUCGAACAGAGGGCUGCACUUGGCGUGCAAUGGACUCGGCAGCAUCGAAUGGUAGACUCUCAGUCGUCAAGUUCCUUCAUGAGAAUCGAACAGAAGGCUGUACAAAGUGGGCGAUGAACAGUGCUUCACAGAAUGGACAUAAGGAUGUUGUUGAGUAUCUACACACUCAUAGGACAGAAGGCUGUACAAAGUGGGCGAUGAACAGUGCUUCACAGAAUGGACAUAAGGAUGUUGUUGAGUAUCUACACACUCAUAGGACAGAGGGCUGCACAUUCUAUGCCAUGGACCGAGCAGCAUCACAAGGACACAUGGAUAUCCUUCUGUACCUUCAUCACAAUCGAACAGAGGGCUGCUCAGAGGUCGCGAUGGACAGAGCGGCAACACAUGGUCACUUGGCAGCUGUCCAAUUCCUUCAAGAGAAUCGCACAGAGGGUUGCAGCAGAGAGGCCAUGACACGCUCCACUUUGAAUGGUCACUUGCCAGUCGUCAAAUACUUGCAUCAUAAUCGCACAGAGACCUAUUCAGCUGGGCUGAUGGAUAAUGCAGCUUCAUGCGGCCAUCUAGAUGUCGUUGAGUUCUUGCAUUCCAACCGAACAGAAGGCUGCACUACAUUUGCCAUGAUCUCGGCUUCAGAGCAUGGCCACCUCGAUGUCGUAAAGUUUCUUCAUGCUAAUCGAACCGAGGGAUGCAAUACCGUGGCAAUGAACCGCGCCGCGAUCAAUGGUCAUCUGCCUGUGGUCGAGUUUCUCCAUCACAACCGCACAGAGGGAUGCACAGUCAACGCCAUGAAUGACGCUGCCGCCAAGGGCCACCUCAACGUCGUGGAGUUCCUUCACAGAUAUCGACAAGAAGGCUGCACAGAUCGAGCAAUGGCUCGUGCCGCCAUCGAAGGUCAUCUAUCAGUUGUAAUGUUCCUCCAUUACAAUCGCACAGAAGGAUGCUCUAUAGAUACGAUCGAAAUUGUAGCUGGCUAUGGAUAUUUGGAAAUGAUCCAAUUCCUCUGCAAUAAUAGGACCACUGGAUGUACGCCGCAUGCAUUGUUAGUCGCCGCCAAGAAAGGAUAUUUAGGCAUUGUCCAGACACUGAUACAGACACGUCGUGCCUAUGUGAUCGGGAAUCUCCAGAAAGCCAUCAAAGGUGCCACUGAUGCUGGUCACUUGGAGGUUGUCCAAUACCUUCGAACCCUUUAA